UCUUUUCUCACCCUUCUAUUUCUCCUCUUUCUUCAUCACUCUCUCAAUUCAGCUCGUAAUUCUUCUACCAUUACUGAUGAUGAAUAAUCUUCGAUACGAGCAAUCGGUAAACGACGACGACGUAUUCGACCGACUACCCGACUCCCUGAUCCACGUCAUCUUCAACCGAAUCUCCGACGUCAAAACCCUAAUCCGCUGCCGAUCCGUCUCCAGGCGUUUCAGCUCCCUCGUCCCCCAAGCCGACACCCUCCUCCUCAGGGUCGACCGGGUCGUCUCCGCCACCGACCCCGUCGACGCCGAUUCACCCCUCCUCACCUUCCUCAGAUCCUUCUUCAAGCCAAUUCUCGAUCUGGUCUCCCCGAAACCCCUCCACGACCCGGCUCGCUCGCAGAGGUCCCCGGCCCAGAUCCUCCGCGGGUUCGACAGGAUCCGAGAGCUCUACCUGGAGCUUCCCUCCGGGGAUCUGAGGCUGGAGAAGGGGGCGGUGAUCAGGUGGAGGGCGGAAUUCGGUAGGACGCUGAGGAGCUGCGUGAUCCUAGGGUUUCGCACGGGUGCCGUUGGAGGAGGGGAUUUGGUGGGGGGAGGGUUGAAGAUGAGGGUGGUUUGGACGAUAACGGCGUUGAUCGCGGCGUCGGCGAGGCACUAUUACAUGGUGAGGGAGGUGGUGAGGGAGCACGAGGGAGUGGAGAGGGUGGUGGUGGGGGACAGGGAGGAGGAAGGGACGGUGGUGAUGGAGAGAGACGGGGUGAGGGAGUGCAGAGAAAGUUGGGAAGAGGAGGAAGAGGACCAGGAUGAGGCACGUGCCUCACCGUCAAACAGGAGGGGGGUGUGGUGGGGGAGGAGUAAUAGGACCAAGGUGCCGGCUGUGAGGAUGAGGAUGAGGCACGUCCCGAGGCUGGAGCUCUCGGGUGGGGUUCGGAUGGACGGGGCAACACUGGUGGUGGUGAAGCCGAUAAAUGGUGGUGGUGGGGCGGAGACGGAGGCGGAGGAGGAGGAGGAGAUUAGCGGGACAGCCGGUAUGGCAUUUGGAGGGGGGGUGUAUGGGGAGGCGGUGGAGAAGCUGCUAAAGAGCCGGAGUUACAUACUGGAAAUGAACUCAUUCUAGUCAAUCUGCCAACUGACCCUAGGGUUGUGGCGCAGUUGCUCCUAAGACGAGCCUCAAAGGGUUGGUUGGAAGAUACCAGGACUUUGGCCUGAGUUCGAAUCUUGGCGACUGUGUUCCUGUAGACAGGAACCGGUGUCUUGGCAUUGGGCUACGUAACGCAGCAAAAAAAUCCAAGGGCAAGGGGAUGACCUAGGGAUUAAACUCUGGGUCACCCCCUAUGGUUUAAUUCCCAUCUGCCAGCUGACCUCGGUGCGUUUAAAUGUGUAUAUCCUAUGUUUUACUGCUGCUUGGGGUCAUCAUUUUGUAAUGCUGUUCAUUUUUUGUAACCAAUUUCAGAAAACAUAGUAGUACAAGAUUGUAUCUCAUGUAGUUAUGUAAAUAUGACGUUUUUGAUU